AUGAGUGCUGUUAAGUUGAAUGCAGUGCAAUUAGAUAUAGUAUAUGUGCUUUUAAGUUGGAUUGGUAGUAAAAAGUAUUUUGUUUGCUCGUGUUCCAUACCAUACUAUGGCCGGCAGUGUGAAUAUGAAUAUAUCAUUCCGGAUUUUAUGGAUCUAUUUGCAGCUAAACUAAACUAUAGAUGUGAGAUGAGUUUUUCAAAUUUACAUUACUGUAAAUUCAAAACAUUAUUUGUGUUUAUUUCAGUGAGUCUUGAAGAUGAAUGCAGUUAUGAAGACUGUAAUAAUCGUGGAACUUGCUUGGGUACUCGAGAUGCUGUAUUUUGUGCUUGUAAUUUCGGUUAUAGUGGAUCACGUUGUGAAAUAGAUCUCCCUUGCGAAUCUUUGAUCCACUGUUCGGGGCAUGGAAUUUGCUUUGGACAACAAGAUCGCUUUUUUUGUUUAUGUCAUCCCGGUUUCUUUGGUAUUCAUUGCCAACAUACCAUGUUCAGUAUUAAGGACACGAAAGGACUUGUUCACACAAAAGUUAAUUGA